CAGGCGGGGCUGGGGUGCACCCGGCGCUCAGGCGCUCAGACGCAGGCAGCCCUACCCCUGGGCCCGUACCACUCCCGCUUCUGCGGAACUUGCUGCAGCUCGAGUCUGGACACCUGGACCGCGCACUCAUGGAGGCAGCCCCAACAGUGGGUCGGGUAACAGGAUUCUGGAUUCCUGGAGGUGGGGCUGGGGGCUAGAACUCCUGGUUCUCUGAAUGAAGACGGAGCUGAGGGCUCGGACCCUGUACGUCCUGACAGAGGGUGAGGGGCCUGGAGUCCUGCCUUCCGGGAAAGGAGACUGGGGGUGGGAAGUUAGCUGGAGGGAAAAGGGGCAGUGGCCCUGAGCUCCUGGCUCAGGGCGGAGUCGCGCUGCCACCCCCAACUCCCGGGUCCCAAGGGAGGAGGAGCCUGGGGCGGGCAGUCUGGUCCCAGGGGACGGGGAGCAGAGAGGUCUGUUCUGGCUCAAGGCUGGGGAGGUACCGAGGGCCCAGAUACCUAGCUCUGAGGGUGCAGGGGGCUGGGGACCUGCACUUCUAGGUUUUGAGGGAAGGCGGUCGGGCUGGACUCCUGGGUCUUAAGGAGAAGGGAGCUGGGGGCCGGGCUCUGGGGUCUCGAUGGCGGAGGGGUCAGGAGCCCAGUCGAGGGCCCGCUGAGCACCGGCUCUGUGUAGCUCCCUGGCCGCUGGGGUCCGGUGUUUACGGUGUGGCUGGGCCCGCGCCCUGCAGUGGUGCUGUGCAGCUACGCAGCGCUGCGGGACGCAUUAGUGCUGCAAGCGGGUGCCUUCUCCGGCCACGGGGCCAGGGCAGGCUUCGAACACUUCACACCCGGAAACGGUGAGGCCUGGGCGGCGGAAGUGCGGGCCGGGAACGUCCAGCUUGCGAUACAGAGCGAGACCGGGGGAAAUGGAGCGGGGCCUAAUGGAGUCAAGCCUUCUGAGGAGAGGUUGGGGAGGAGCCACAGUGUAGGGGUCGAAUGGGGGUGGGGGAGGCUGGUUCCUUGUGCAGACAGUAUAAGAGAAGAGCCUAAGAGUCAAGGCCAAAGAGAGCAAGCGCGGGGAUUAGGAAUCGGGACGAGCAGAGGUGCGGCCAAUGUGUGGAUAGGGCCGAGAAGGCUCGGGUAGCAACCAAAAGACCUGGAAAUGAAGCAGAGCGAGGAGUUGCGAGGAAGUCGACUCCACUACGGGAUGCUUCCGGCAUGGGGCGUGGCUAACUCCCCGGCCCGUCCCCUUCUUUGUUCCACUCCCCCAGGCAUCGUGGUUUCUAACGGGCAGCGCUGGCGGACGCUGCGCAAUUUUGCACUUGGAGCACUCGAGGAGUUCGGCUUGGGUACGCGGACCAUCGAGGACUGUGUCCUGGAAGAGGCGCCUUGUCUGCUUGGCGAAUUUCAAGACAGCGUUGGAGCUCCGUUCGACCCCCGGCGGCUUACUAGAAUGCUGUUAUCUAAUGUUAUGUGUUCCGUGGUCUUUGAGAACCGCUAUGGCUACGAGGACCCGGAGUUCCUGAGGCUCCUGGACCUCUUCAAUGACAACUUCCACAUCAUGAGUUCCAGAUGGGGUGAGGAACAGAAAGACCCGGAGAGCCAUUUCCAGGAGACGCGGGUGAUGACGACGCAUAACCACUUCUCUGGCAGUACCGAGACCACAAGCACCACCCUGCGCGAUGGACUCCCCUCAUUCUGCUCCAGUUCCCAGAGGUGGCAGGCUUGUGAGCUGGACAGCUAGGGAUGAGGCGGCUGGGGUUUUGGGUUGGCUGGAGGCUGGGGUACGCGUAGUUCACAUCUCUGCCGGCCCCAGCCAAAGCGCAGGCAGAGCUGGAUCCCGUGGUAGGUCGAAUGUGCGCCCCAAGCCUGGAGGACCAAGAGCGCCUGCCCUACACCAACGCCACGCUGCAGGAGAUCCAGAGCGUCUUCGGCGUGCUACCACUGGAGCUGCCGCGUGCCCUCACCUGUGAUGCCCACUUGCACAGCCACUUCCUGCCCAAGGUGCCCACCAAGACUGGGGAUCCUGCGCAGGAGCUGGGGAGGGCCUAUUAACAGAGAUCAGCAGGCCUAAGCAUCCAGAGCGCUGACUCUGGGAGCAAGAAAGUAGGCAGCCUUCCUUGCCGCUGGCUUCAAAAUGGGGUCUUGGAUGGAUGUUUGUUAGAGUCGCGUGCCAAUUUUUCAAGUAACCCUUGCACAUCGCCCCAGGGCACCUUCAUGAUUCCUCUCCUUGUGUCUGCACACCAGGAUCACCCAAUUUAAGGACCCAGACUGUUUCAAUCCCACCAACUUCCUGAAUGACAAGAGUGAGUU